GUAGGUGUUACUGUGAAACCCUUUGGUACCAAUAAUGUUCUUGACCACAUGUACCAUCGUGUAUGUGCUCAUCAGUGAUAUCUCAUCUGUUUCAGCUGUGUGUUCCGGCAGUACAUACGGACCAGACUGUAAAUACGACUGUCACUGUAAUACCAGUGUGACCUGUGACCCUCAGAAUGGCUGUGGAGGGAACUGCGCUGCAGGUUGGGACGGACCCACAUGUCAAAGGCGAAAUGUCGCUCUGGGAAAACCAACACAUCAGUCGUCAGACUACCAUGGACACACAUCUAACCUGGCUGUUGACGGUAUACUGGGACAUUCUUACGCGGGUACACCUUGUACGCACACAGUGAUUACAUCAAGUUCAGGUGCUUGGAGAGUAACACUGAACGCCGCGUACUGGAUUUACAACUUCACCAUAUACAACAGAGAAGAAAGCAUGGGACGUCGACUCAGCGGCUUCACUUUGUAUGUGGGAAACACCUCCCAGAAUUACAAAACCUGUUAUAAAGACACCACAGCCAUUACCACGUCCCCCGGGGCCAUCGUAACUGGACACUGUGCGGGAGGUCCGGUGUCAGGAGACAGCGUCAGGAUAGCGUCACGGCCAGGUGUACCGCUAACACUUUGUGAAGUUCUCAUCUACGUGUGUUCCGCCGGAUGGUAUGGUGAAAUGUGUGGACGACAAUGUAAUGCAACGACAGCCUGUUCCAAAUGUGACGUCACAGGGACACGAUGUACAGAAUGUGUUGACGGUCGAUGGGAAGAACAUUGUCAAAACAGAUGUGGCCAUUGUUGGGCCGACAAAUGUGAUAAAGUCACUGGGAAAUGUCCUCUAACUAAAGGAAACCCAAGAUGCGAUGCUGGCUUCAUGGGUAAUAAGUGCUGGACAGGCUGCAAGGCAGGUACUUAUGGGUACGAUUGUAACGAGACCUGUGGAUCGUGUGCAUCUGGACCCGACAGUUGUAAAACUACUUCCGGGCACUGUCCGGAUAAUUCCAAAUGCAUGCCGGGAUAUUCUGGUGUGAAAUGUAAAACAGCCUGUGAAGCAGGUAAAUAUGGCUCAGGCUGUACCGAGACCUGUGGAUCGUGUGCACAUGGACCGGACAGUUGUAACACGACAUCCGGGUACUGUCGUGGUAAUCCCAGAUGCAUGUCGGGAUAUUCUAGUUUGAAGUGUAAAACAGCCUGUGAAGCAGGUAAAUAUGGCCACGACUGUAACGAGACCUGUGGAUCGUGUGCACGUGGACCAGACAGCUGUAACACUACAUCCGGGCACUGUCCGGGUGAUCCCAGAUGCAUGCCCGGAUAUUCUGGUUUGAAAUGUAAAGGAUGUGAUGCUGGGUUUUGGGGAGCCGACUGUGAGGAAAAGUGUGGCGAAUGUUAUAACAACGUCACGUGUGACAGAGCAUCUGGGGGCUGUCCAAUCACAGAAGAGAAUCGCCGCUGUAAGGCCGGUUUCUUGGGAUCUAACUGUCGACAAACAUGCUCCCCUGGCACAUGGGGACAAAACUGCAAACUUACUUGUAGUCUGAACUGUCUUAAUGGUCCAACCGGAUGUGACGUCAGGAAUGGAGCAUGUAUUGGAGGUUGUACAGAUGGACAUGAAGGCCGAUUUUGUACCCCCGUCAACUAUAACUACACAGGAGUGGUUAUAGGCUGUGUGGCUGUGGUGGUCGCUGUCGUAAUCGUCGUUAUUGUACUGAUGUACACGAGAAGAUGUCACGGUAAUAAGUCAGAAGGAACCUCUGAGCGUUCGGAUCCGGUCCACGUCCAGAAUCGGGAGAGUUCUAAUCAAGGGAGAGAGGCGCGGAUUUCAACUCCAGUGGACAGCAACCCGUAUGAGAGUGUUUGUGAGAAUGAAUACGACAAAAUCCGAUUUUCUUGUAAUGACACCGAGGCCAGUUACACAGUUGUUACUUAAUUUCAUGGUUUUGGACGCGAAACGCUUCCUGGAAAGAACGGGAGAUAGUGAACCGUUAAAAAGGACAAGUUUUGAACAUAUAUAUAGUUUGAAUUAGAUAAUUCGCUCCUAAAAACAGCACACUUUGUUUUCAAUUUUGAAAAGGUUCAAAGGGCUAAUGCUUCUUUUAGUUUGGGGCUCGGUGAGGGCGAUGCUGGUGGACACAGCUGUCGUGUUUUAGCGGUCCUGCUCGCCCUCGUCCUACAGGGGUGUAAGCAUUUGGCCUAGCUGGAUGUACCGACGGCAGGGAAUUUACCGAACACUGCAGGACCUUCGGAUUAAUAACAGACCCUUUUAUUCAGAUUUUGGUAAGAUAUUUUUGUAAUAACUCUGACUUUGCUAAGGAAAAGUAAUGGAAAGUCACAAUAUUUUUUUUCAAGCAAUGACUCUCCCGGACGGUUUUCUGCCAGCUUACCGUGACAAGUUACUGCAGUAUCCUGCCCAACAUGUACGCAUUGUGACAGGGGCAGCCGUUCUCGGUUCCCUGCUUAUAAACGUGUGGUUCAAAAUACAUCAGUUUUACACUUAAGCCGCAAAAUCCAAUUCAUUACACCGAUACCUGUAUCCACUAUAAGACACCACACUGACAAUCGAGAGCUAAUAUAUUUUCACGUGACAGCCAAUUAUCACGUGGCGCUUUCAGGGCUAUGGAUUGGCCAAGUUCAAAAGGGCUUCUACAACAUGGCUUCUUGGAGUGAAUUGUCCGUCAUUGCCAUAUCCCCAAUAAUCAACUCCAUGUUCUCGGCUUUCAAAAUUUUUUAGAAUUUUUUGAACAUAUUUUUCGAUGACAACUUUGUCGUUUAUCAUGGUUCCUAUGUAUGUAUAGUGGCAGACUUUAUGUCACUUUAAUUACACAGGAAAACAUUAUGGGUUUUAUGAACCUAGAAAGUCCUAAAUUUAACUUGAAAAUUAUAAUAACCCUAUCAAAUUUAAAUUUCAAAGUUCUGAGCAUAUAUUUAGUGGAUAUAUAACAACAGUAUACUAAUAUUAUAUCUCAAAACAAGUAAGCAGUGUAGCUUAUAAGCCUAAAGACCUAAUAGUGUUCACAUAGAGUGUAAAUUAACAAGCGCUUACAACCCGAGUUUCAAGUCAGCGUUUGUGUGACUUGAGCACUUUUCCUUCCAAAAUGUUCAUGGUCUAGACAGUUUUGCGCCAGUUAGGAUAUUCCAAUAAACUUUUGAACUACGGAUUUCAGCUAGACGUAUGCCGCUCGGUCCCGGCAGAGAGUGGCCGCUUAGGACAGUUAGACGCUAAACACAGGUCCCGUAAGUACAGAUUUGACAGGAUAGAUCUUUUGUUACUAAAACAAACAUGAUCGCUUUUCAGAGCUAGUGGGCGGACAUGCUCUGUUGGCACACAGAUGAUUCCUGACUAAAUCACAUUGUCCAGUUAAAAUAAUCGAAGUCCGCUACCUUAACAUUUGCCUUAUUCCGAAUGGAACGUGAUGCUAUUUGAGAGUUUCAUAGUAUGAAUGAAUUGAUAUCUUCAAUCUUGUACAGGGUUGUCAGCCUCAUGAUCUUCAGUGUGUUUUGAAGAGUUAAUAAAUUUGCCAUACAGGGACACGUUCUUCUUUUUUGUAUGUUGUUUAAGGUGAGGGGUAAUUUCCAAUUUUUUGGUAAUUAUCGAAGCAUGAAUUUAAACCCUUGUAUUCGUCAUCUGUUCAGGGGCCUCCGUGGCUCAGUAGGUUAGCGCGUUAGCGCAGCAUAAUGACCCAGGAGUCUCUCACAAAGAGUCCAACUCAUGCUGGCUUUCUCUCCGGCGGUACGUGGGAAGGUCUGCAGCAACCUGCGGAUGGUCGUAGGUUCCCCCCGGGCUCUGCCCAGUUUCCACCCUCCAGAGAGAAAGAGAGAAAGUUGUCAUCUGUUGAAGUCCCACUUGUCAAGCCUUCGUAAUAGAAUUAAGAGAUGGUGUCGAAGACUAUUGUUCCAUCUCCAGUAUUGCACGAUCCUGUGCCUAGAAUACUUGCAUGUAGAUAUAAUUCAUUUUCAUUUGUAACAACACUGCAGUUAAGAUAUGCUUUUAUUUAACACUCUAGACAGAUCUAAAUACGUGAGGUUACUACAGGAGUAUUUUCAUCAGUAUUUUCACCAUGUUAACUGUUCUGUGGUACAGAUCAUUCGUAGAUCUAAUGUUAAUUUAAAAAUUAACACCAUUAGACGACCAUAUUAUUUAACUAGAAUACAUAUUUAUACAAUAUAUGUACACAGACCUAAUGGCUCUUAAUUAUGUGACUAAAUUAUUUUUAAAGUAAGCAUCUACGAAAAUUUAAGAACUAUAGAAUACGAGACAUACCUACAUAUAUUUUAUACAUAUUUGUUACUUCCAAGCGAAGUUGGAUGCUUUUGUUGACAAAUGCUCUUUAGGCUUUCAAGUUUUCUUAUAAUAUUAAUUUUGAUACCUUUUAAUUUACAGUUGUAUUAUCUGGUAUUAUUCCUGCAUAAAUCAUGAUUCUGCUGGUGGACUAAGUGUUCCCAAGGCCAUGCUUUUGGCAUCAGUGCAUAAAAUGUUUACCUAAUUGUGGCUAUUAAAAUAAAGC